GUGAUGGAUAAUUUGUCAAGUUGUCAGCAUACAUUUGUUAAUGACAUGGCUGAACAUUCGAGCAUUGACUCGGUAUCGGAACUUUCUGGCACGGCCAAGACUAGUUCAAAAAGUGACAAUAUUUUUAGCAUUAUGAAUGACCACAGGCAACUUAUUUCGCCAGGUUAUGAAAACAAUAUUAGUGGGUUUCAAGCAAGCAUUGAAAACAUUAAUGUAGGAGGAGGAGCCAUGAGCAAUGCUCCUGUCACUCACACUCCGGAAGUAGUCACACCGGAUAUCUACAAUAUGCUACUGCAAAAUCAAUUGUAUAUCCAAACUUUGAUGAAAAAUCAGAAUUCAAGAACUGAUACUACACAAAGUUCCACAAAGGUGAAUCCUAGACAAUCGGCAACAAUGGCCGGACCAAGAAAGGUCGUGAAAAAUAAACCCACAAAGGAUGAUUACCAAUCGCAACUGGACAGUUUGUUUGAUAAUGAUAUGAACAAUAACCAAACUAAAAACAUAUCUGCACCGUCUGAAUUAUAUUCAGAUAUUUCUAGUGACGAAAGUUACGAUAGCGAUGAUGAAGCAUGUUCUGAGAAUGAAGUAGAUAAUGAUAUUGAAAAGGCAGAAAAUGAAAAUGUCUUGGAAUCCAUGAAAGACUUCAUUAGUUCAGAUGAAAAGACAGGUCCAAAAAUUAAUUCUGGUUUAGCCUCAUACAUGAACCAGGGACUGAGGACACGAGUCAAUGAAGAAAAAUACAAAGAUCUCACAAAGAAAUAUGAUAAGCCUGCUAAUGUGAGCAGUCUAAAAGUCCCACGAGUCAACAUAGGUAUUUGGAAACAAAUGACACCACGGAAUAAAGAUGUGGAUGUAAAAUUACAACGUUUACAGAAUCUCUUGUCUAAAACAGCUUGCCCAUUGAUGUAUAUGAUGGAUAUGUUUGUGGAUAAAUCUUCAAAGAAAGAAGGAAUGUCUAGAGAGGAACUGCAAGCAUAUGCAGUUACGUGCAGAGAUACGUACCAGCUAUUUCAAGCUUGUUAUAGCGAAAUAACCUUCAGACGAAGGAGUUUCAUUAAGGGGGACAUUCAACCCCAGUAUAAAGGUCUGUGUGAUGAUACCACACCAGUCACUGACAUGCUGUUUGGGGACGAUAUUAAGGAAAAAAUCAAAGAGCUAGAUGCGGAGCAUAGUGUGUGUAAAAAAGUUGGGAAGGACCAUAAUUAUACGUAUGAUAAUCCCAAGAACUCAUAUCAGUCUUCUAACAGGGGACGUAGCCAUCAUGGCCAUGGAGGGCGUGGAUUUCCUCAUAAAUUUGGGAAAAGAAAACGCCACAUUGAUGGAGGAAAACCAAUCAAAAGAAUAAGGAAAUAUGAUGAUGAUGGUUUUUUAGACCGCAGCAAGACAUUCAACAAGAAGAAAAACAAAGACAAAAAGUAGAUCAUGUUAUUUCUGAUAGUGAUUCUGAUAGGGAAGAUAUUGCAAAAGGUGGACCAGGAUCAAGCGGACAUGACAUUAGUGGCACCAUUGUGGAACACUCAGAACUGGUUUCCACAAAUACUUCAUCGGAUUGUGGCACAGUCAUUUAUAAUAAACAGUCGAAAAAAUCUUCUUUAUCAACCCCAGAAUCCAACAAAAGAGCAUCAUUUAGUGAAAUUACGAUUAGCAGUUUUCAGGAUAUGGGGGAAAUCUUGCAA